AUGAGCAGCCCUCUUAUCGAACUGACCGAAAGGACAUGUGCUAAGGAUAUAGUGAGGUUGCUUUCAAAUUCCCCAAAAAGAAAGGCAAGGCUCUUCAAUGGCGACCCGGUGGCGCAGCUCCAACACGAAGCAUACGCAGACUACUACCAGCAACAACGGAGCCUCAUAGCUUCACAAUCUGAUGGCAAAUACGUGGCCUCAAAGACUGGAAGCGACACGAACCAGAUCGUUCAGCAGCUCAAUGCAAACAAGUCUCACGAGGAGAUUCUAGAUGGGCUCAAGACUUCGGGCCAUCACAACAUUGACGAUGAAGCCUACGAAAACACAAUCGACCUCGCCGCGAGGCUCCUCCUCAUGCUGAAUGUUGGCUUGGUCAGAGGAGAGGUACUUCCCUGUCGGUAUUUAGACUGGAAGACUGGGACCGUGAAGCAACUCCUACAAGAUCAUUCCAACAAGCGCCGGCAUUGA